AUGGCUGCCCUUAAGAAGAUAGCCGUCAUCGGUGGAACGGGCGACCUCGGCCAUGUCAUCGUCCAGCAGUUGGUUGCCGCCGGCAUCUUCGACGUUGCCGUCGUUACCCGAGACUCCCGAGACUCCCGAGGCAAGAUCCCUACGGGCGCCAAGGCCGCUGAAGCCGACUACGAGUCCCUAGAGAGCCUGACCGCAGCCUUUCGAGGCUUCGACGCCGUCGUCUGUACUCUGCCAGGCCAUCUGGAAGCCUUACUUCUGCGCAUUCUCGACGCCGCCAUCGCUGCGGGCGUAAGGCGCUUCAUUCCCUCAGAGUUUGGCUCAGAUCACCGGCAGCCGGCCGCCCACUCCGUCCCUCUCUCCGCGAGCAAGAUCAAGGUGGACAACACACUUCAGAAGGCCGCCUCGGAGGACCGCAUCGAGUACACGUCCAUCUUGGGAGGACCAUGGAUCGAAUGGAUCAUGACUUUUGAGGAGGGCAUGAGCAUCCCCGAGCGCAAGUUCUUCAUCCACGACGGCGGCGACAUCCCCUUCGGCCUCACCACCCGAAAGGCAUUCGGCGACGCGGUUGCGGGCGCGCUCAGACACCCCGAAGAGACCAAGAAUCAGCUCUACACGAUCGAGAUCAUCAGCCUGACUCAAAACCGCAUCCUGCAGCUCGUCAAGGAGGCCCUGCCCGACCUCGAACUUGAGAUUGUCCAUGUCAACACCAAGGAGCGUUACGAGCGAGGCGUCAAGAAGCUUGUUUCGGGCGUCUUUGACAUGUCUGUUGUGGGGGACAUAGUUUUGAGAUUCGUCUUCGACUCGGAGCUACAGCUUACGUCCGACACCAAAGCCGCCAAUGAGUUGCUCGGUGUCGAGAGCAUCACCGAGAAACAGUUCAAGGAGCUCGUCAGAUCCUUGGCCAACUGA